UGCGCCGGUGAGCGACCUCCUGCCUGGGCGCUGUCUGGCUCGUGCAUCCGAAAAAGACUAAAGAUUGGAUUGUAGGAAAAAAAUAGAAGCAAUGUUUCGAAGGCCUGUAUUACAGGUGUUUCAUCAAUUUGUAAGACACGAGUCUGAAACAGUAAGCAGCUUGGUCCUUGAAAGAUCUCUGAACCGUGUGCAGUUACUUGGGCGAGUGGGGCAGGACCCCGUCAUGAGACAGGCGGAAGGGAAAAACCCGGUCACGAUAUUCUCUCUAGCCACAAAUGAGAUGUGGAAGUCAGGAGAAAACGAAACAUACCAGAUGGGUGAUGUCAGUCAAAAGACGACGUGGCACAGAAUUUCAGUCUUCCGGCCCGGCCUCAGAGAUGUGGCGUAUCAGUAUGUGAAAAAGGGGUCUCGAAUUUAUGUGGAAGGGAAAGUAGACUACGGUGAAUACAUGGAUAAAAAUAAUGUGAGGCGGCAAGCAACAACAAUCAUAGCUGACAACAUCAUCUUCCUGAGCGACCAGACGAAGGAGAAGCCGUAGAGCGAUCGUUCUUGCUUGGCCGGCGCUCGACCCUCAUCUGGCUUUCGUCUGAAGUGUGGACACGGUGAUUGGAUCUCCGGCAGCCACCGUGAACCCCGAGGUGACCUUCAGGACGGAAGGCCGGAGCCGGGAUGGCUGGUGACCGAGGGGCCAGCAUGCCAGCCGGAUGGACAGUCGACCUCUGGACUUCCCUGGGAGACACAAAUAAACCUCGCCCUUGUUUCAGCCACUCUUUUGUUCUCUGUAGUUAAACCCAGUCCUUACGAAUUCACACGUUUUAUUUAGCCUUUAUUUUCAUGUAUGUGGUCAACUCCUUAUUCUUACGCUUUCUCUUAGACGACUUUUCUACUGCAAGUAAAAGUGUGAUCUCACCUCUGCUCCCACCGCCCUUCAGGCAUUUCACCUGUGUCUCCUUCUGAGUUUGGGAGGGAACUGGGAUAGAAAAUGUACACAAAAGCUUAGCAGUAGUGUUUAAAAAAGUGAAUUUAAGCACAUUUUUAAAAUCAAGUAAACAGUGUAGUUUUGCUUGUAGUUCCCGGUGAGGACCCGUAACGAACCGCCCCCUACAGUUAACGACAGGAGCACUCAGGUCCCGGACAGCAGUGCUGCCUUGUGCUUCCCCUGCCAGAGUGCUGGCCAGGUCGUUCAGGGUGAGGGGUGAGGACGCGUUCUGUCGCAAAACGACUGGGUCCCACGUGCAACAUGGUUUUUAUUGCAUCAUUGCUGUCCUAGCUCAGGCCUUCAUAACAAAAUACCACAGACUGGCUGGCUUAAACGACAGACAUUUAUUUUCUCACCAUUCUGUAGGUUCCAGUCCUAGAUUAGGUGCCAGCAUAGUCUCUGUGGUGAGGCUUGUUUCCCAGCUUGGAGGCGACUGCCGUUUUGCUGCGUGCUCACAUGACCUCUUUGUGCACGCAGGCAGAGAAAGGGCCUUUAGCACGUGAAGUUUUAAAAAGGAUUUCAAUUUUUAGAGAAAACGGAAGGGAGGGAGAAAGAAACAUCUAUGCACGUGCAACACAUCGAUCAGUUGCCUCUUGUAUGUUCACAACUGGGGGCCUGGCCCGUAACCCAGGCACGUGCCCUGACUGGGAAUUGAACCAGCGCUCAACCCACUGAGCCACACCGGCCAGGGCCAUGUGUGAAUUUUGAGGAGAUAGUUUAGUCCAUGACAUUGAGCUUGUGGGAGGAAAGGGACCUCUCCAAGUGAUGAGUUUUAAACUAGGAGCUGAAACUAGAGCAGUAAGUGGGAAACACUGGAAAAAAAGGAGGUUUCACACUGACAGGUAUUAAUUUUGACAUUGUGGUCUGGAAACAGGUAUGUGUCAAAGGUGUACCUCCAACAGCCUUGAAAGAAGAGAGCAUUUAAUUCAGGAACAAGGCAUGGUGCCUUGUUAAGAUUGGAAAGGAAGAAGCAAAGUUACCAGUGCUGUGAUUCCACAGAGAACAAAAUCUAUGAGUAAUUAAGCAUUGCUGGAAACAAGAUCAGUGUAACGAAGGUCAGUGGCAAACAACAGCAAAGAAAACGUAACUUUAAAAAGAUGCCAUAUACAAGAACAUCAGAAAGGGAAAGGAGUCUCCAAAUGUGUGGUCUCUGGAGAACAUUCUAAGACUCUAUUGAAGUACAUUAGGAGACUAAAUGUGUUGGUACACCAUGCCAUGUGUAUCGGGAGUGCCAACAACAUAAAGAUGUCAGCCUUUCCCAGAUUGAUGUUAUAGGCGGAGCAGAAGGAAUAAAAAUGCCCAGCAGUGUUCUGGGGGAACUGGUCAAGUUGAUUAUAAAGAUUUACUGAUAAGCAAGGACAAUUUACUCCUGAAGAGGAAGCAUGAGAUGGGAAACUUGCUCCCAGUUGGCAAGACUUAUUUAAAAAAAAAAAAUAAGGCUGUAGUCAUAGAUGCAGCAAUAAACAGGACAGUGGUGUUGAAUAGAAGACCCAGAAGCAGACCCUGAGUACAUGAAAAUGCUACAUGAUAAAAGUGGCCUUAAUGAUCACUAGGCAAAGUAUGGAUUAUUAAAUAAGUGA